UCUUACUGCUUGCAGAAACCAAUCCUCUGGGCCCAGGACCUCUUACUGCACAUGCGCAGAAGGCUCAAUGACAGUCACGCGUUGGUUAAGGCUCUGGGAAAAGGGGCAGGCGAUGUUGCAUGUGACCUGGGGGUCUAAGGUCCGAGGAUGGUCCCUAGUGCCUGCUGUCCUCGGGACCCCCCGGGCUCUGUCGUCCCUGGAGAACAGGAUGGGGGCGUACCGCAAGAUGUGGAACCCCAAGGAGCCCUGCAACUGGGCCCAGCAGUACCGCGAGCGCUUCAUUCCAUUCUCCAAGGAGCAGCUGCUCCGCCUCCUGAUACAGGAGUUCCACUCCAGCCCAGCAGAGAGAGCAUCUUUGGAGGCAUUCUCCGCUCACGUGGACUUCUGUACCCUGUUUCACUACCAUCAGCUCCUGGCCAGGCUGCAGGCCUUGUAUGACCCUAUCAACCCCGACAGGGAGACCCUGGACCAGCCGUCCCUUACUGACCCCGAGCGCCUGUCCAGUGAGAAGGAUGUGCUCCAGGCUCUGAAGCCCCUACUGGCCCAGGCCAACUUCUCUCCACUCUCUGAAGAUGCCCUGGCCUAUGCACUAGUCGUCCACCACCCUCAGGAUGAGGUCCAGGUGACAAUAAAUUUGGAUCAGUAUAUCUACAUGCAGUUCUGGGCUUUGGGCCAGAGAGUCGGCCAGAUGCCCCACAAGUCCAGUGUGGGCUCCAAGCGAGGCUUCUUCAGAAAGCUGCCCCCUGCGGAGAGGAGAUAUUUCAAGCGAGUGGUGUUGGCCGCACGGACGAGAGGGGGGCACCUGGUUCUGAAGAGCUUCAAGGACACGCCACUGGAGGGCUUGGAGCAGCUGCUGCCCGAGCUGAAGGUUCGCACGCCCAUGCUGCAGCGCGCCCUGCUCAACCUGAUGCUGGUGGUCUCGGGCGUCGUGGUCUUCGUCAAUGUGGGCAUGGUGAUACUGUCUGACCUCAAGAUGGCCACCUCCCUGCUGCUGCUGCUCUUCGCUGCCUUCAUGGGCGUGAAGGCCUCCAAGGUGUUUGGGCAGCGCCGCAGUGCGCAGGCGCUGGAGCUGGCACACAUGCUGUACUACCGAAGCACAUCCAACAACUCAGAGCUGCUCAGUGCCCUGGCACUCCGAGCACAGGAGGAGCACAUCAAGGAAGCCCUGCUGGCUCACAGCUUCCUAGCCCGCCGGCCAGGGGGCCCCCAAGGCAUACCUGAAGUCUCUUCCACAGAGACCUCCAGGUGGCUGCAGUCUGAAGUGGAAAGCUGGCUUCUGGCCCAGUCAGGCUGUGAUGUCACCUUCAAUGGACCUCGGGCCCUGGCCCAUCUGCAAGCCCUGACCCCCAGCUUUGGGUUGUUCCCACCACCUGAAUUGCCACGACUGGACCCGAUGGUCUUGGGCACUCCAGAGGCCCCACAGGCCGCACUGGGUAGUAGCUACCCCUCACCCUGACCACUUACUACCAGGCCCUGCGCUGGCAGGUGCCAAGCUCCACCUCCUCCAUCGCAGGCUGUCAGUUGUGGCAACUGCAUCUCCUUCCUGGACUUUCAGUUCUUGACAGGCUGUUAUUUCUGCUAGGCCAUUAAUUUUGCUAUGCUAUAGACUUCAGAGGAGCCAAUCAGGGCUGUUGGCAGUUGCUAGGCAGCCUCCUGAGGCCCACGAAUCAAAGCCGUUUAUUUCAACUUGUUAUUUUAUUUCUUAGACCCGCCCCUGGCGGGAACCUCACUGAGGUCUGUGGAGGAGGCGGGGCUUGGGAGGCUCACGCAGCUGCUGAAUUGCAGCUGCCAGCCUUGGCCACAGUGAGAUGGGCCAGGCUGUAAAGCUGCACUGGGAG